CGCGAAAAGACGCCGUUGUGAGAUCCUUGUCAGCAUGGAGACGACGAAGGUGAAGCCUCUUGGCAGCAUCUCGCGCGAUGACGUUCGUCACACACUACACACGCAUUUCCACUCGUCAAAGCCUGCUCCUCGCCCUUCCACUAGCGGUGCUGCAUCUCCGCCCGUCUCAACUCGCAAGCGCGUCUUCUCCUUUGUUCAGGUGCAGAAACCCAAGAGUGAAGCCGAGACCAAGCGACUGUUUGGUCACGGAGCCAACGCUGGUAAAUACUUCGUCCUCUGUGUUACAGUACAGGACUCAAGUACUGCAGCUAAAGGCGGUGGAGCUCAUCUGGAGUUGCAUUACGUGCAACUCCUGAGCAACUUGUCAGUGGACGUGCGGAAUUCGUGGAAUUUGAGAAAACUGGACACCAUCGAACACAACGGCAUUGGACCGGAGAAGCCGAAGGGAGCCUUUGCAUUAUUUUUUAGUGGAGAACAAGUGUCAUGGCAGUGGCUCGUAGAGACGAGAGAGAAUGUGACAGCAAUGCAUGAGUUUCUCUGGAGCGUGUGCGCUCUUGUGGUCCAGAAUACUACCACACUCCCGAGACUCGUGCGGAUUAACGUUGAGGAACUGCAUGAGACUGCAAAUCGACUAAACUUGCAGAAAGUGUAUGAUCUGGAUGUCGACCUGGUUCAUUCUAUGGCUAAAUUAAAGAAUGGAUCGCUGAAUGAUCCAAGUGAGGAGGCUGGCAAUGGAAAGAAAGCAAUCGAUAACAACGCAGGGAUCGAUGUUUCUGGCUUGCGACUCGCUUCCCCUGAGAGCAAUGAAGCUCUUAGUAUUCUGGAUGAUGUCAACUGGAGUGAAGUACAGUUGUCUACAGUUGAAGAGGAUUUACGUAAGAAAUUACGCACGUUGGAGGAUGAAAACAUCACGUUCUUACUCACACUGGAUGGAGACUCACCAUCUGGUAAGAACUCAUCGAAUACGUCAGUGGACAAGAUCCUGGAGGCCAUCGACGCCGUUCAAAACCGAAUUACCCUGAUUCAGGAAUGGACUAACGAGUCGGACGAGUAUCUUGGACAAACUUCCAGUAGUAUGAAACAUUUCGAGGCACUAAAUAACCAGCUGGAGAUGCAUUUCAAGAACAGCGUGGCCUUAGAAAAAGUACUAACAAAGAUGAUGAACCAAGUGGAAGUUUCUAAAGAACACAUGCGGAUUUUUACGUCUCCAGUGGAUAUUUUCCCUGGUGAAGUUGGAGGAAGCACAGCUGGUGUCACGAAAGACAGAGGAGUCGACGUAGAUCGGGACGUUGGUGUGACGGAGCGGAUUAGAAAUGCUAUAGCCGCAAUUGCAGCAAUGGAUCAAGCCGUCAAGUCUACAAAAGAGUUCCCAGCCAGCGAGAUGGUCGCUUUUCGAACGCGUGGAGAGGGAUUAUCUAAGUUGGCUACAGGUUUUGGCGAAAAACUGUGUGGUUCCUUUGAUACUUUUCUCCAGCGGAAGAUAAAGCAGCUGCCGCACUCUCGAGCUGGUGAUGGUGUUCGAGGACGUGAUCUACGUGAACUCUCUUCAGCGUCUUCCAGCGAUGAGAUGAACUGGAGCUUCACCAACGACCCUCUCCAUAACAUCCUCGUAGAUUACCAGUCACUUUUCUCACAUGUAAACUCACUGGACCCUCGCAUUUUGGUCGCCUUAAGACAGACGUAUAGCAAACAACUCGCUGGUAUAUACAACGCCCACGCCCACUUGCUCUUCCGCUGCUUGAGGGACAAACUGCCUCGAACAUCAAAGCACCAUUUCCACAAACCUACUUCGAUACAAUCCCGGGGGAUUUACCUUUCCUCCUCGUUCUUCAGCGUCGGUGACACGAUGUGUGCUUCGCCUUUGAUGCAGCAAGCACUUGAUCAUCUAACUCCUCUGAUUCUGAGAGAACAACGUCUGGUAACAAGGGUUUUCUUUCCUGCUACAUCGGAUAAGACGAGUUACACCGGUGGCAAGCAUGAACUGGAAGAUUUGACGUUGAUGAUGGAGAAUGUCUUUGAAAAAUUGCUGAAACGGAUGAACGAAUUCGGCGAAGCAGCAGCAAGCCGCAACAUUCUGGAUGCGCUUUCGCUCGUUGUUCUCGUGAAUGGGAAACUCGAGGAAUUUCGACAGCAGAGCGCGUUUCUGUAUAACGUUAUGGUGAGUUUUCAACUGCAGAUGAAGCGAAUGUUGAUCAAGUUCACUGAAGACCAGGAGGCAUGGAUAAAUGCUCAAAAUGUGGACACGAAAAUGGCGGGUGUUCUGGGUCCGACGAAGAAAAUUGUGAACAUGAUCGCCCGAAUGGAAGAAAGCGUAGCAGGAAAAAGCACGGACAGCACACUGGUGUCCAUCUACAACAUGAUCAUUCCCUCGACAAUGCAUUGGAUUGAUAAAGUGGCUGACACAAGAGCGAAGUAUGCAGCUCUCACCCGCCUAGAAAACUACCUUUUCCUCAGCGACAAUUUGAAAACGAUCAAUGCCUCAAAAGACUUGCCACUAGCUCAAUAUGCGGCCGAAGCCCAAGAGCGAUACACCGAAAAUCUUCAACGGUAUGUGGCAUCAGUCUGGGAGUACGCAUUCAAGCAACUUGUGCCCAUGAUCGCGUCGAUAGAAUCCUUGAUGGUGACGGUCCCAGCGGCUGAAAUCCAGUAUCACUUGCCACGCCAAGAAGUUCGACGCGUUCUUGACUCUACAUCAAGCGCGUUUGAGAAAUCAGUUCGCGUCAUGCACGACCGCUUAAAGAAGCACUUUCGGGAGAACUCAAAGAUAUUGCCAAGUGUGUGGAAGCAGGUGAUAGCGUAUGGGAGUAGUCGGAUGGCUGUGUACGCGCUAGUCGCUGGAGACUGCUACCAGCUGCGUUUCGAGCCAUCACCUGAGCGCGGACUAGAGUUACUAAACAAGUUUGCGUUCAGCUAGGGUGAUGGUUUAACUGCAGCACUCCAUACUCUUUCGUAUAAGACAGUGGAAACACAUUAUUGCUAGCUACAGCUCUAGAUGUCGAACAGGGUUUCACUGUUAUUCAUUAAAUGUCACCUGAGCCCAUAGUUCAC